UCCACCAGCGCGAUCGGAUUCAGGCGAGAAUGGAGCUCCCUGCCGCCGGAGAGCACGUCUUUGCGGUGGAGGGCAUCGAAAAGAAGCGCAUCCGCAAGGGCAAGAUCGAGUACCUGGUCAAGUGGCGAGGCUGGUCUCCCAAGUACAACACAUGGGAGCCAGAGGAAAACAUCCUUGACCCGCGGCUCCUCGUCGCGUUUCAACACAGAGAGAGGCAGGAGCAGCUGAUAGGAUAUCGCAAACGGGGACCAAAACCGAAACACCUUUUACUCCAGGUACCCUCCUUUGCCAGGAGAUCCUGUAUCCCUGCAGGUUUUGAAGAAUCAUCUCAGGAUGCAGAGGCUAGCCUCAAGUCCGACCCUGUCCCGGUCCAGCGCCCCCAGCCUCAGCAGUACCAGCUUAACAGCAAAAAGCACCAUCAGUACCAGCCCAGCAGCCAGGAGGUCCCCGCUGACCAGCCAACCAACGGCAAGAAGAAGUUCAUCUACCAGCUCAACAGCAAGAAGCACCACCACUACGAGCCCGACCCGAGCAUGUACGAAGCUCAGCCUUCCAGGCUCAAAGAGGUGGUCAAAGUUCAGGAACCGGCCAGUAAACCGGCAAAUCCUGGCUGGAACUUACCGCUGGCCCUGCAGCAGAAAUGGGUUCGAGACAAGGACACAGGCUGCUUGAGCAAAGUGAAAGAGUUGGCAGUGGAGGUGAGGAAACCAGCUGUUAAAGACGCUGAGAGCGAACAUGCCCUCAAUCCCAAUCCUAAAGACGCAACCCUACCGAGCGCCAUCAGCAGCAAAAUGAAGAUAAUCAAGAACAAAAACAAGAACGGACGUAUUGUUAUCGUCAUGAGCAAAUAUAUGGACGGCAACAAGGCUCAUGGAGCUAAGGGUAAACACGGGGAAUCCUCUAGCGAAGGGAAACCCCAAAACACCAAACCGUCGGAGAACAAUCCAGCACACACAACCAAAAUGGUGGAGCAACCGGAGAACGGUAUCCCAAAAGAGCUCUGUAACGGCCGCUCCCUCCCGGCUGCAGAGCAUCCUAUCAAGUGUUCCCCAAAGGACAGGCAUUUCUCCAAACCUUCGCCAAGCACAGCAGAGGAAUACAACACCGAGGUGGCUCGCGGACAGGCCGAUUUACCGGAUGAUCUACCGCUACAGCUGACUGCUAGCUCACCCAUGACGUCCUGGUCUGUUGACACCAACAUCCCGACCCCGACGUCCGUUGACCAGAUCCGGAUCCCUACUUUCCCCAACGACCGCAAGCGUAAGCUAUCAGAUCCCGCUGAGGACAGGAGCGUCUCCAAAACCUACCUGACUUCCAGAAGCUUCAGCGUCCCCAGCACUGUGGUCACGCCGCCUCAGGACAAACCUAUGGACCUCCACUGCAGCGGCCCCCGCCACAGCAGCACGUUUACAUACGAGGUCGUGGACUCCGGCAGCCAAGAGGAGCCGAUGGAUCUCAGCUGCCCAAAAACUAAGAAGCAGGUGGAGACGGAAAUACUGCCGGAGCCCGAGCCUGCCGUCACAAACACAACUCCUGUGGUAGAAGAAGACCCACAGAAAUCCACAGAGAAAUCUGAAGAAGCACCUCUUAAAAAAAUCUCCCCUUUUAUGGGAAAUAUCAUAAUCACUGACAUCACGACAAACAGUCUCACUGUCACCUUCAAGGAGUUUGUUUCUUUCUAAGAAACCAUUUGUAAAGUAAGACUACCGGUGAACGAUUGGAUGAAUCCUGUUAAUAUGUACAUAUGUAAAAACAUCAGAAUUUUGUAAAUGUUGAAAUUUUAUAAUUUAUCAUUCAAAUUCAAUAUGUUUCUUAGAAUGUUUUAUACUGUAACUCCUCUGUGACGUCGUAGCCAAGAAAGUGCCCUCGAGGAUUUGAGCGAAUGCAUUCAGGUGGAUGUGUUCCACUUUAAAAAUACUGUUUAUUUGUCAUACCGAGCCGAACGGGGAUACUUUUGCUGUUGUUUUCAUAUCUGCACCAAACUUAUAACCUGAGAUGUAUGAAGGUUUAUACAUAUUUUGUAUGAAUAAUAUCACUUAUUUUCGCGCUGAUAGAAGGUAGAGAGGAUGUUGUUGAGUAAAUGCUGAUCAAAGAUCAAAUAGAAAGCACUUAAUUACAUUUUCAUACGUUGGUUUGUGUCAUUACGAGGAGAAAAAAAAACAGCUGUUCUCUUGAAGUCUUAUUUCACUUUUUCCUCCAGACAGGUUCCCUGAGAUGGAAUUGGCAAAUUUUGUUACAUGCUUUGUUUGUGGCUUGUUUGAGAAAACAUGAUUACCUAUGACAUGCAAAUUGACAAAGCAGGUGUGUCUGGAUAUGGUGGAAACACAGUGUGGGACGCGCUCGGCUGUGUCAACAACCUUAAAGAAAUGUCCCGGUCUUUUCUUCUAUUGUCUGGGUUUUGAUCUUGCCAUUGACGUGCAACAAAGCCGUCAGUUAACAUGCCGUUGCAACCCGAUCUAUUGCUAAGUUGCACAUUUCACCUUUAGCAAACAUUUAUGGAAUGAAAUGUGACAUCUCAAAGGUCGGUUACCAUUAAGAAUAUGUCAUUUUUCAAAUGUGUGACUUCCCGUUAAGACGACGUAUUGAUUCUUACCAUAAUAAGAUUGUGAUCUAUUAACUUAUUGUUGACCUCACAUAUUGCUGGAGUUACUUUAAUAAUACGUAUGCUAGUCUCAUUAGGACUCUCCUGAUGUCACAGAGAGAAGCGAUAUUCAUCUCAUUUUGCUUUUGGAGCUCAUUGUAUGAUCUGGAAAACACACGUUACUGCUAUUUGCUUUCAAAAGCUACCAGGGUGAAUAAGGAGUACUUUACACAGAUUAAAUGUGAGUCGGGAGGCUGCCUUUGUAUGCUGUUACAUGCACGCCAAUGAGUGCAAGCUGUUUUGAUUAUGCUGCUGAAAAAUUCAAAUGUCAAAGCUGUUGGAUGUAACCUACAUUUGAGUCUAAAUUGCCUUCCACGCACAUUUGAUGCAAACCAGUAAUAAUGCUAAAAUGAUAAUAAAAAAACAGCACAUUUAUUGACUUUUAAUUUGUUGUAACAAAGCUGCUCCCUGCAUCAGAAGCUACAUUUGAUUCCAUUGAACAGUUGAAAAGAUAUUUUGAGUCUGUAAGCUCCUUUUGGUUCUCUUUUUUGUGCUUUGUUUUGUUCAUUCUCGCACUUGGAAAUCAAAAUGAUUGAUAUAAAGUAUGUUCUACCAGCAGUUGGUAGACUUAUUGCUGUUG